AUGUCAAUUAAUUCUACUCCAAAAUGUCCAAAAUGGUCACAAUUAUUACAACAGAGUCAUAAAAAGAAUUAUAAAAAUGUUGUUUUUGUUCAAAUGACAAACCUACGUAGAAACGGUCAACCUUCAUUGCAUAACUUGAGAUUCCUAGAUUUUCUUGAAGAUGAUCCAAAAUAUCUCUUAUUUUUGAUGCCUUUUAAUGACAAUAAUUUACAUGGCGACGUCAAAUCGUGUCCAACCGUCCAAUUAAAUUG